AUGUCUAUAAGAGAACGUGAUGUACUCUACCGACUUAUAAUAAGUCAACUUUUCCACGACGGCUAUCAGGCUAUUGCAAUUAAUCUUAUGAAUGAAGUAUCCCCAACUAUUUCAUGCGGUCCAUCAGCGCGACUCCUGAAACUAGUAAAGCUUGGUCUCUCUAUUGCAGAUGAUGAGCAAGAUCGGUCGGUUGCACUCGAGGGUGACAACAUUGCCCCAGGCACCGGCAUCGACCUGGAGAUUGAAAGUGAAAGUUCUACCAUGGCUCCCGAAGCUGCACUUUAUGAAACCUGCUAUGUCACCGCACACAAGGCAGCUUGCAGAGCGGCUGCAUUUAAUAGCACAGGUCAACUCAUUGCCACUGGUUCUCAUGACUCCUCGAUUAAGAUUCUGGAUGUUGAAAGAAUGCUUGCAAAAGGCAACUCUGGACCGGAACACUCGGCUCAGGAAACGCCACAGCAGCAGAUGGAAGCUCAUCCAGUCAUCCGAACUCUCUACGAUCAUACUGCGGAAGUCACCUGUGUGGAUUUUCAUCCCGACGCGUCACAGCAGAUUUUGGUGAGUGGGAGCAAAGACUACACCAUCAAGUUCUUCGAUUUCUCCAAUCCCUCUGUGAAAAAGGCGCAGCGCAGUAUUCCGGAGGCGUCACCCAUCAAAACCCUUCACUUCCAUCCCUCGGGCAACUACCUCCUCGUUGGUACUCAUCACAAGACUCUGCGUAUUUACAGUGUGAACACUUGUCAGUGCUUUGUAUCAGCGGUGCCGGAGGAUCAGCACAACGGUGCGGUGACGAUGGCAAGAUGGGCGCCCAAUGCCAAUUACUUUGUCACCUCUUCGGUCGACGGCAGCUUCAAGAUUUGGGACGGUGUUUCAGGACGCUGUGUCUCCACUUUCGAGGCGGCACACGACGGUCUGCCUGUCUGUUCGGCAGUUUUCUCGCGCAACUCAAAGUACGUGCUUACGUCGGGAAAGGACAGCGUGGUGAAACUGUGGGAGCUCUCGACAAGUCGUUGUCUCAUUAGCUACACUGGUGCCGGGACUUUGGGACUGCAUACCCAUCGCUCCAACGCUGUGUUCAACCACACCGAGGAUUACGUCCUUUUCCCGGAUGAGGUGACCAAAAGUCUGUGCUGCUGGGAUUCGCGCAAUGCUGAUCGCCAACGUCUGCUGCCACUUAGUCAUAACGGUCCGAUCCGGUGUUUCGUGCAUUCACCAACCACAGCGGCCUUUCUCUCCUGCAGCGAUGACAAUCGCGCGCGAUUCUGGUACAAACGACCCAUAUCUGACUAG